AUUCCCCGUGGAUUCCCUGGGAUCCGAUCCCGGUUUCCCCCAUGGAUUCCCCGGGAUCCGAUCCCGGUUUUCCCCGUGGAUUCCCCGGGAUCCGAUCCCCGUUUCCUCUGUGGAUUCCCCGGGAUCCGAUCCCCGUUUCCUCUGUGGAUUCCCCGGGAUCUGAUCCUGGUUUUCCCCGUGGAUUCCCUGGGAUCCGAUCCUGGUUUUCCCUGGGAUCCGAUCCCGGUUUUCCCCGUGGAUUCCCCGGGAUCCGAUCCUGGUUUCCCCCGUGGAUUCCCCGGGAUCCGAUCCCGGUUUUCCCCGUGGAUUCCCCGGGAUCUGAUCCCAUUUUCCCACAGCUGGAAGGACGGGCUGGCCUUCAACGCCCUCAUCCACCGGCACCGCCCGGAGCUGAUCGAGUACGACAAGCUCCGGAAGGACGACCCCGUCACCAACCUCAACAACGCCUUCGAGGUGGCCGAGAAGUUCCUGGACAUUCCCAAGAUGCUGGAUGCCGAGGGUGGAUUUAGCCGGGAUUUGGGAUCCUCAGAGCGGAUUCCGGGCUCUGCCAGGGGCAUUCCCCGCUUUGUUCCCAGUUUAACGCAAUCCGGCGAUCCCAUAAAAAUCCAGGAUCCGUAAAAAACCCUGGAUCCCGUCGCUCUGCGAUCCCGUGGAUCCUGGAAUUCCAGGAUUCCUUAAAUCCACAAUUACCCAGCUCAGGGAUCCCAGAAUUCCUGGAUCCCACGAUUCCCAGACAUCACAGAUCCGCCGGGAUCCCCCAGAUCCGCCGGGAUCCCCCAGAUCCAGGAUUCCCACGGGAUUCUGGGAUUCUUUGAUUCCACGAUCCCGUGCUCCCGGGACCGGAGGAUUCUCAGGACUCCCCACUUGUACGAUCCCACAAUUCCAGGAUCCCACAAUUCCAGGAUCCCACAAUUCCAGGAUCCCACAAUUCCAGGAUCCCAAAAACCUGGGAUUCCCAAAUUCCAGCAUCCCACAAAUCUGGGAUUCCACAAAUUCCAGGAUCCCGCAAAUCUGGGAUUCCCAAAUUCCGGCAUCCCAUAAUAUUCCUUAUUCCAGGACCCCACAAUUCCAGGACCCCCCAAUUCCAGGACCCCCCAAUUCCAGGAUCCCCCAAUUCCAGGACCCCAAAAUUCCAGGAUCCCCCAAUUCCACGACCCCCCAAUUCCAGGAUCCCAGGACCCCCCAAUUCCAGGACCCCCCAAUUCCGGGACCCCAGGACCCCCCAAUUCCAGGAUCCCCCAAUUCCAGGAUCCCCCCAAUCCCAGGACCCCCCAAUUCCAGGACCCCAGGACCCCCCAAUC